CAAAAACUCUACGCAGGGGCCACCAAUAUCUCACAUAGGAGCAGACCACGGAAGCCUUGACAGGGCUUAACGUGUCCUGAUCAUCCAGUUUUAACUGAAGGACCCUACUUCUAUUUGGGCGUGGCAGGAGACGUGAGGAAACCACAUGGAAGACUCCCAGGACUUAAAUGAGCAAUCAGUAAAGAAGACGUGCACAGAAACCGAUGCCUCAGAACCUCAGAAUUCCAGGUCUAUGGAAAUGCAGGACCUAGCAAGUCCUCAUCCUCUUGUUGGAAGUGGUGAUGCUCCUGGUAGCUCCAAACUGGAGAAGGCGAAUCUCAGCAGCCCAUCUGUCACCACAAAUGGGACAGGAGGGGACAACAUGACUGUUUUAAACACUGCAGACUGGUUGCUGAGUUGCAACACCCCGUCUUCUGCAACAAUGUCUCUCCUUGCAGUCAAAACAGAGCCUUUGAACAGCAGUGAAGCGGCCGCCACCACUGGAGACGGAGCCCCUGACACUUUUACCGGGUCAGUAAUAACUAGUAGUGGCUACAGCCCCAGAUCAGCGCAUCAAUAUUCCCCACAGCUAUAUCCUUCCAAGCCCUAUCCACACAUUCUUUCUACACCAGCAGCUCAAACAAUGUCUGCCUAUGCAGGCCAGACUCAGUAUUCGGGGAUGCAGCAGCCAGCCGUCUACACAGCCUACUCACAGACAGGACAGCCCUACAGCCUGCCCACUUACGAUCUGGGCGUGAUGUUACCAGGCAUCAAGACAGAGAGUGGACUUUCACAGACUCAGUCCCCAUUACAGAGUGGGUGCCUCAGUUACAGCCCGGGGUUUUCUACCCCCCAGCCAGGCCAGACGCCUUAUUCUUACCAGAUGCCAGGUUCUAGUUUUGCCCCAUCAUCUACUAUUUAUGCAAAUAAUUCAGUUUCCAAUUCAACGAAUUUUAGCGGUUCACAACAGGAUUAUCCAUCCUACACAGCCUUUGGCCAAAACCAGUAUGCACAGUAUUACUCGGCAUCAACCUAUGGAGCAUAUAUGACAUCGAAUAACACAGCUGAUGGCACAUCAUCAUCGACCUCCACCUAUCAGUUGCAGGAAUCUCUCCCGGGACUGACUAGCCAACCAGGAGAGUUUGAUACCGUGCAGAGCCCCUCCACACCUAUCAAAGACCUCGAUGAGAGAACUUGCAGGAGUUCUGGGUCAAAGUCCCGAGGAAGAGGCAGGAAAAAUAAUCCCUCCCCACCUCCUGACAGUGACCUAGAGCGUGUAUUUGUCUGGGACUUGGAUGAAACCAUCAUUGUUUUCCACUCACUGCUCACAGGGUCUUAUGCUCAGAAGUAUGGCAAGGAUCCCCCCAUGGCUGUAACCCUUGGACUCCGCAUGGAGGAAAUGAUUUUUAAUCUUGCUGAUACACAUUUAUUUUUUAAUGAUUUAGAGGAGUGUGAUCAAGUUCAUAUAGAUGAUGUUUCCUCUGAUGAUAAUGGGCAAGAUUUAAGUACCUACAGUUUUGCAACUGAUGGCUUCCAUGCAGCUGCAAGUAGUGCAAACCUUUGUUUGCCAACAGGUGUAAGAGGAGGGGUUGACUGGAUGAGGAAGUUGGCUUUUCGUUACAGAAGAGUAAAAGAGUUAUACAACACCUACAAGAACAAUGUUGGAGGCCUCCUUGGCCCCGCCAAGAGAGAUGCGUGGUUGCAGUUAAGAGCAGAGAUCGAAGGGCUGACAGACUCCUGGCUCACAAAUGCACUUAAGUCGUUAUCAAUCAUUAGUACUAGGAGUAACUGCGUAAAUGUCUUGGUAACGACAACCCAACUGAUCCCAGCACUUGCGAAGGUUCUACUCUAUAGUUUAGGAGGUGCUUUCCCCAUUGAGAAUAUUUACAGUGCAACUAAAAUAGGGAAAGAAAGUUGCUUUGAACGAAUAAUGCAAAGGUUUGGCAGAAAAGUAGUGUAUGUUGUAAUUGGGGAUGGUGUAGAAGAAGAACAGGCAGCAAAAAAGCACAACAUGCCCUUUUGGAGGAUAUCAAGUCACUCAGACCUCUUGGCUCUACAUCAAGCACUGGAAUUAGAGUAUUUGUAA